CCCUCUUGCCUUCUCUCUUCAUACACUCCUGUUGAUCCUUCACAACAACACCAUCCCCACUUUCUCAAGCCGUCUUCCACAGCAAACAUGGGUGAUCUUCCAAAGAAGUACAAGGCUGUCGUCUAUGACAAGCCGGGUGAGGUGUCCACCAAGGUGGUCGAGUUGGAUAUGCCGGAGCCUGGGCCUGGAGAAGUCCUUAUCAACUUGACCCAUUCUGGUGUCUGCCACUCCGACAUGGGCGUCAUGACGAACCGUUGGAGGAAGCUUCCUGCCCCAACUCAAGCAGGUCAAGUCGGCGGCCACGAAGGCGUCGGCAAGAUUGUCAAGAUGGGCCCGGGCACCGAGAACAGCCCGAGGAAAGUCGGGGACCGCGUGGGCAUCAAGUGGAUCGCCGCCAUCUGUGGCAGUUGUCCGGCUUGUCUCUCUGGCCAUGAUGGAAUCUGCUUCAACCAGAAGAUCUCGGGCUUCUACACUCCCGGUACCUUCCAGCAGUACGUCGUCAGCCCGGCGGACUACGUGACGCCCAUUCCCGACUCUUUGCCGUCGGAUGUUGCGGCACCGAUGCUCUGCGCCGGUGUGACCGUCUACAGCGCCCUGAGGAAGUCAGGCGCAGAAUCCGGCAACACCAUCGCCAUCCUUGGUGCCGGCGGCGGGCUGGGCCAUCUUGCCACGCAGAUUGCGUCGAGGGGUAUGGGACUUCGUGUGAUCGGCAUUGACGCGGGCAGCAAGAAGGAAAUCGCGCUCGAGUGCGGUGCGGAGAUUUUCCUCGACCACGCCAAAGACAAGGUUGAGGAGGAAGUGCUGAAGGCAACGGGCGGUCUCGGCGUGCAAGCCGCCAUCGUCCUCACCGCCGCCAACGCCGCGUACGCCUCGGCCAUCGGCCUGCUCAAGUUCGGCGGCACGCUGGUAUGCGUGGGGAUUCCGGAGGGCGAUCUGGUGCCCAUCGCCACCGCCGACCCUGCCAGCUUGAUCGUCAAGGCGUUGACCAUCCGCGGCGUCGCUGUGGGCGAUCGACGGGAGGCGAUUGAAACGCUGGAGUUCGCGGAGCGCGGGCUUGUCAAGACGCACUUUACCACGGAGAAGAUGGAUAAGCUGACGGAGGUGUUUGAGAAGAUGGAUCGUGGCGAGUUGCAGGGCCGAGUGGUGCUUGAUCUGAGCGGUUAAUCACCUAGAGUGAGAAGCUGUGGCAUCGACGAGGUUGGGUGGAAGGUCUAGAGCUUAUUGUGCGUACGACUAGAUAACGCCACAUGUACCAA